AUGUCAAGAAGGACGCGAAAACGAUCAACUGCAGCUACCUCAGUCGUUAUAAAAGAAGCUCCGAAAGAAGUCGAUCCUUUAUUGAAAAAUAUAUUUGCUUCCUGUUGGAAAAACAGCGAUACAAUUUUAGUUUGCAACGAUACAGAGUUCCACGUGCAUCGCAGCAUUUUAACAAUGCACUCGCCCGUCUUCGAAGCUAUGUUUGCGGGAAACUUUGAAGAAGCAAACGAAAAGAGGAUUGUUCUUCCUGGCAAAAACCCUGAUGAAAUGCUACAAUUUUUGAAGUUUUUGUAUCCAGACUGUAUGAUUCAAACGCCUACCAUUAAAUUUGGACCACGUGAGAAAAGGGUGUUUGCUAUUUUACGCAUAGCAGAUGAAUAUCAGACCGAACUCCUAAUAAAAAAAUGCCUUAAAAAAGUUUUCAUUAUGAAUUCGAACGUGUUUGAAAUUCUAUCCUAUGCAAACAAGUAUGAUUUAAAAGUUCGAAAGAAGUGUGUCAGUCACGUGGCAAGAGAUGUGACGAUGGACGAAUUGGAAAAGUCAUACCAUAAACUGGAGGCACAACUCAUACAAGAAUUGCUAGUUGCAAAAUGUCGACACCUUGAGUUGUGGGUUAAAAAGUAUGAACAGAUUGAUGCAGUCGCUUUCGCUGAUUUAUAUUCGAUUUCGAGUAACGAGCUGUUGUCUACAUCGUCAUCAUCCAAGGAUUCAUCCAAUUAAAAUUGAACAAUAAAUUUGAGUGUCCCAUGUCGGCAGAUGGUGGUCGAGUACAGAAAUGUUGACAAUUACAUCUCUCACAAUUUGCCAUACAAAACUACUAUAUGUAAUGAAAAGAAUUACUAGGUACCAUUAUUUUCUCACUCUGAUAGCUACCAGUUGACGACCAUCUGCUGCACGACAGUGCUUCAUGAAACUCACCCAUCACCGCAUUGUCUAUGAUGACUUUUCUAUAUUUAGUUACUUACCAUCAGAAAACUUGCCAGACUAGAUUUCUUAUAAAAAUACCUUUUUGUUGUCACAGGGUCAUCCUAAGGCAUCCCAUUUCUCAAAAUGAGAAGUUCUAAAACUUAAAAUGGGC